GCAAGUUUUCACCAAGCCGACUUCUGAUAACUCCAGAGCCCUGGAGUUCUUUCAACACCAUCUCCCGGGGUUUGGACUCUAACUGACCUUUGUUACCUAUUUAGCUCUCAACAGAUCUCUAUCUCGUUUGUGACUGAACUAAUAACACUGAUGGAACAUGGAGGCAUCUAAGUUUAUUUAAGGGGCGAGGCCCAUUAACUAUGCAACAGUUUUAUGGCAGUUAACGGUGGGGAAUAUUCAACAAAAUGAAAGAGGAAAUGGCAACAAAGAAAAUGUCAGAAUAAACACUCUGGCUCCUUCCUGGACACCCGCUUCUGCAUUUAUAAACAAAUGCACCCUGAGCUCCACAGUGAGCACUGGAAGAGGUUUCUUUCUGCCCCAUGAGAACACAGACAGCUAAAGGCACCUCUCCAAAGCAAGCCCUCAGCAGGCACCUCGUCCUUGGACUCCGGAGCCUUUGGGACUCUGAGCACUAUUACAUUUAUGAUAUCUCGAUGCGAGCUUUCGCCUUAACAUUUGUAGCGUGGCAGCAAAGUCGGCGACCUCACAGCACAUUGACCUUAAGGCAGUUCCUGUAGCAGUGUCAGAGUCACAGCAAAUUGAGUGAAAAGGACAGAAAGUUCCUACAUUCAGGUUGGGGGAGAUGGAUCAGUGAACAGUGCUUGCUACCCAAGGUGGAGAGCCUGCGCUUGUGACCCAGCACACACACAGAAAGCCAGGCACGGUGGCAUAUAUCUGCAAUUCCAGAGCUGUGGAAGCAGAGGACUCUUUUCCCAGAACCGUACAAGAAGAACAGAGGAAUCAUGUCCAUGAUCGCCGCUUUCUACAGCAACAAGUCUAUCCUCAUCACAGGGGCCACAGGCUUCCUGGGCAAGGUGCUCAUGGAGAAGUUAUUCCGUACCAGCCCCCACUUGAAAGUCAUUUACAUCCUCGUGAGACCCAAGUCUGGACAGACACUGCAGGAGAGGGUUUUCCAGAUCCUCAACAGUAAGCUGUUCGAGAGAGUCAAGGAAGUCUGUCCAAAUGUGCACGAGAAGAUCAGACCCAUCUCUGCAGACCUCAACCAGCGUGACUUCGCCAUCAGCAAGGAAGAUAUGCAAGAACUUCUGUCCUGCACCAACAUCGUCUUCCACUGUGCAGCCACAGUGCGCUUUGAUGCACAUCUGAGAGAAGCUGUGCAGCUGAACGUCACCGCCACCCAGCAGCUCCUGCUCAUGGCCAGCGAGAUGCCAAAGCUGGAAGCCUUCAUCCACAUCUCCACUGCCUUUUCUAACUGCAACCUGAGCCACAUCGAUGAGGUCAUCUACCCGUGCCCCGUGGAGCCGAGAAAGAUCAUUGACUCCAUGGAGUGGUUAGAUGACUCUAUCAUUGAAGAGAUCACUCCCAAGCUAAUUGGGGACCGGCCCAAUACCUACACCUACACCAAAGCCUUGGGAGAGGUAGUUGUGCAGCAAGAGAGCGGAAACUUGAAUGUGGCUAUCGUCAGGCCAUCCAUAGUGGGAGCAACCUGGCAGGAGCCUUUCCCGGGUUGGGUUGAUAAUCUAAAUGGACCCAGUGGACUCAUUAUUGCGACUGGGAAAGGAUUUCUUCGGUCCAUAAAAGCAACACCCAUGGCAGUGGCAGAUCUGAUUCCAGUUGACACAGUUGUUAACCUCACCAUAGCAGUAGGAUGGUAUACUGCCGUUCAUAGACCUAAGUCAACGUUAAUCUACCAUUCCACAUCUGGCAAUCUCAAUCCCUGUAACUGGUACGAAAUGGGAUUACAGGUCUUGGCGACCGUCGAAAAGAUCCCAUUUGAGAGUGCUUUCAGAAGGCCAAAUGCUGACUUCACCACCAACAAUUUCACUACCCAGUAUUGGAACACCGUCAGCCACUGGGCUCCGGCCAUCAUCUAUGACUUCUAUCUGAGGCUUACUGGAAGGAAACCCAGGAUGCUGAAGCUCAUGAACCGGCUGCUAAAAACCAUUUCCAUGCUGGAGUAUUUCAUCAACCACAGCUGGGAAUGGAGCACAAACAACACUGAGAUGCUUCUGUCAGAGCUCAGUCCUGAAGACCAGAGAGUAUUCAACUUUGAUGUGCGUCAGUUGAACUGGCUUGAAUACAUUGAGAAUUAUGUUUUGGGGGUUAAGAAGUAUCUACUGAAAGAGGAUCUGGCUGGUAUCCCCAAAGCAAAGCAACACCUAAAAAGGCUCCGGAAUAUUCACUACCUCUUCAACACUGCCCUGUUUCUUAUCAUCUGGCGCCUCCUCAUUGCAAGGUCUCAGAUGGCUCGGAACAUCUGGUUCUUCAUUGUGAGCUUCUGUUACAAGUUCAUCUCCUACUUCCGGGCCUCCAGCACACUCAAGGUCUAAGAACAUUAUACCAGCCCAUCAUCUGGGACCUCAGAUACCUCUAAGGCAGUAAACUGGGUCUUAAGCUAGAAAGUAACAAGCAGCACACCAAGCUUCCAGUCGAAGUUGCCAUUCCAUCUUCUUCCCUAUUCUUGAGAGAGAGGGAGAGA